AUCCAGGGCGCCCUGCUGCUGGCGGUGAGUUUAAAGAGUCUCGGUUGGAGGGCUGCAGUGAAAACAGUCACGUACUCAAUGUGUGCUUCUCUCCACACAUUACACAUUAAGGUUUGAACAGAAGGAGAUGCCAGAAGACAGCAUGCCACUGCAGGACCUGCCCUGCCUGAGUCUCCAGGGCUCCAUGUUGUCCCAGUCCAAGAGGGUCAACAAACGCAAGACCCGAGGCUGUCUGGGUGAGGGUCUGGACACUGAGUGCACCCCAACAGAGCUCAUCCAGCAGUGGUCACCUCCACACAAGCACCAACGCAUCAUCACAAAGGGGAAAGAGAACGACAGCAACCAGUUUGUUCUGGCCAGGCGGUCGAGGAGGAAGAAAGAAUCCACUUCAGGCAUUUCAUGGGACCACCUUCCAGAUGAGCUGCUUCUCAGGAUCCUCUUCUACCUCCCUCUGCAUGACCUCCUCAGGAUGUCUGUAGUUUGCAAGCGCUGGCACCGCUUAGUGUUUGAUGAGACUCUGUGGCACAGCGUGGAUCUGGAGGGGUUGACCCACAUGGGUCCAGCUCUGCAGCAGGUGCUGAAGACCGGAGUCCGCAGGCUGCGCUGCCCUCGCUCAUUCGUGGAAGAUCUGCACUUCACAGGCACAGGCACACUGCAGAUAACUGAACUGGACCUGUCCAGCUCCAUCAUCCCCACCUCAGCUCUGGAGAGCAUCAUCUGUCGCUGCAGGCUGCUGGAGUGUCUGAGCCUGGAGGGCCUGCAGCUCUCAGACACCAUCAUCAGCUCUCUGGCUAAGAAUCCACAGCUGCUGCAGCUCAACCUGAGCGGCUGCUCCGGCUUCUCUGCUCCCGCUCUGAGUGAGCUGCUCAAAUCCUGCUCCAGAAUAGAGCAGCUGAACAUAUCAUGGUGCGACUUCAACAAUAAUCAUGUGAAGAGCGUUGUCAGUAACGUGAGCUCCAGCGUUACUCACCUCAACCUCAGCGGCUACAGAGAGAGCCUCACACUGGACGAUGUGAAGGUGCUGGUGGCGAGAUGCCCCCAUAUUCAGACUCUAGAUUUAAGUGACAGCACUCUGCUGAUGGCUGACUGCUUCCCUGUCCUCGCACAACUGAAAUAUCUGCUGCAUCUGUCCUUGAGUCGCUGCUAUCACAUUCAUCUCGCUGCCCUCACUGACCUCGGGAAGACGUUCCCCAUGCUGUGCCUGCUGGACGUGUACGGCCUCGUACAGGACAGCCACCUGCCCGCUCUGAAGAAGGAAACUCCUCGCAUCAGCAUCAACUCCAGGCCUUUCUCCAGCAUCGCCCGGCCCACGCCCGCCAGCGUGCUCGUCGGCUGCUUCAGUGACCGCGUCAUGUGGAACAGACCGUGUCGACUGAGAAUCAAGUUGUAAGCGUGUUUUUUUUUUUUUUUUUUUUUUUUUUUUUUAAAGAUGGAGCUAGUUUAAUCCUGCAGUAUUUUGACACACAGGGAGUCUGGCCUGGUGUGCAGGGAUGGAGCCUUGUUUCAGUGUUUCUUGCUGCUACAGAAGAUGCUUUUAGUGUUAGCUAGCAUGACGGCUGUGCGAUAUGACCAAAAUCUCAUAUCUCAAUAUAGGUAAUAUCAUAUCCAGAUAACAAUACCUAUCACACUAUAGCACAUUUCUGUAAAUCCAAUGAAUAGUUUAUAUCAAAUGACCAAAUGGAAAGGCCUCUUAUUACAUUUGGAAUUAUACACUCAACAAAUAAAAGGUACCUACUCAUAUUUGAUGAUUUUUCUCCUUUUAUUUAGAAGCUUGGAGCAUGAUUCUAGAUGUAAAACAGGUUAGGAGACCGAUCUGCAGCAUCAUUUGUAAAGUACGUUGCAGUUGUUUGGUCCGUGUCAGACUUUUCAUACCCAAACUACAUCCAUAUGACAGAAGUAGCCCCGCAUUUAUGUACAAGCUCCUGGUUUUGUCUUGGCUGGCCAGAGGCCUUCUCCUGUUCUGUGUUACGUUUACUCUCCUCCAUGUUUGUUCGUGUCGCCUUCAUGCAAAUUUCCCGCCUGCACCCCGUGCCCUGCGGAAGAUGUUUUUCUGCCAUACAUAAUAUAUAUGGUCAUAUCGCACAGCCCUGGCUGGCAUUAAUGGUACCAAAGGUCAUAGUGGACCUUAAGUACUGAACAUGCAAGCUUGUAGAGAAUUGUAAUACUUUUUUUAAAAAAAUAGGAAACUUGAAUGUUGAAUCCAGUUCUCGUUGGAAUGUGUUAACAGAAACUUUUUUUAAUGGGUUAUUGAAUCUGUUUUAGGUUCAAAUAAUGUGUUAAUUUAAAAUAUUUUGUAAGGGAAAGAUGGUUGAAAAGCUCAAUGGAUGUUUUAGGAUGUCUAAAAAAUGUUUAGGACAGUUCAUUCUUUAUAAAAUGUAAUCAGAUGGUAAUGUGUCCUGUUGACAGCUGUAAUAAUGCCCUCGUGUAAAGUUUGAAUCAGUGCAGAGGUUUUAAUGUGAAAUGAUGGAUCUGGAUCAGGUGUGGAUGUUUCUGUUGAGCCACACUGUUGCUAAAGAGACACUACUUCACUACUGUAAUAACUGGACCAGGUUGACAUCAGUGUGCAUUUGACUUCUCUCCAACUGGACACCAGUUGCUUUUUACAAGCUCAUUAUCACAGUUUGCAUGUCUGUGUGCAGAUGUGCUCUAUAUUACCAUUUCAUUCAGAUGUCAGAGACUGAACUUUUAUGGAACAUGAAUUUUGUACUUUUUUGUAUUUUUCCCUUCUGAGUCUUUAAAGUAAACCACUGAAUACACAAACA